AUCUUGCAAGACUUAUCCUUUAAGCCUCCUUCAGCCAACACAACAUUUUUUUUUUCAUUUAUUUGGCACUUAAUGACGCUUAAUUUCUUUCUUCUCCAGGGGGAUUAUAAAACAAUCCGCAGUUCAUGCCAGCCUAAAAAGUCUCCCUCCUAUGACAGAAGUCAUCUAUUAUUGAGCGAAAGGCCGUGUGUGGAAAUGUGUGGAAGACUGUGGAUUUGAAGGUGGAAUCGGUGGCAAUCGAUCAAGACUGAGGAAUAUUGCUGAUGGUAACAAAAGAAGCAGCUAUGUCUUUCUCGCAGUUUGGAUAUCCUUACAAUGCAACAUCACAGUUUUUCGUGUCGGCAAACCCCAGUACGACUUGCUGCGAUUCGAUUUCCAGGUCUGACGGAACCACCGGGUCCACCACCGCAGCCGCCGCCGCCGCUGCCUCCUUCUGCUGCCCGCCCUACGAGAACCGGCUCCUGGCGAGCAGCCGGACGGAGCUGAACGCCGCUUUGGGGAUGUACACGUCCCCGUACGCUGCAGCGGCCGCCGCCAGCCAAAACUACGCCAACUACUUCCCGUACAGCACCGACCCGUCAGCCAUCUACUCCAGUCUGAAUCCACAAUACGACAUCAAGGACAGCACGGGCACUUUGCACUCUGGCAUCACUCAGACGACUGCCUACUACCCUUAUGAUCCCUCGCUGGGCCAGUAUCAAUACGACAGAUAUGGGACGGUGGACUUCAAUGGGACUGCAAGGAGAAAGAAUGCAACUCGAGAAACCACCAGCACCCUGAAGACCUGGCUGUACGAGCACAGGAAGAACCCCUACCCCACCAAGGGCGAGAAGAUCAUGCUGGCGAUCAUCACCAAAAUGACGCUGACCCAAGUGUCCACGUGGUUCGCCAACGCUCGGAGGAGGCUAAAGAAGGAGAACAAGAUGACCUGGUCGCCCAAGAACAAAGCCGGCGACGACAGGAAAGACGAAGUCAACAAAAGUGAUCAAGACUGUGUCACCAAAGACUCAAGCGAUUGCAAAGAUGAGAAAGACCUGCACCUGAGCGACCUGGAGGACAUGGAUGAGGAUGAAUGUGAUAAACUGGAAAGUGACUGUGAAAAAGUAGCACCAGAGGAGCAGGACAUUCAGAGAGCCAUGGCCGCAUCUCAGAAAAGAGACUGCAACUCUGAGCUGCAUCUGAACUUGACCAACAGCUUCCACUCCUUCCCCUGCGCCAUCAAAGGUGUCACCGCUCUGCCACCGAUUCCGUCAGACUUUCUGGAUCCUAUAGCAUCCAAGUCCCCGCUGUCCUCGGGACCUUUGUCCCUGUCUCACUUCGAGGGAUCGGAUAAGCCGAGGAUUUGGUCGCUGGCUCGAACGGCAGCGUCGAGCGUCAUUCUGAGUCCUCAGCAUGGCUCUGAGGUGAGGAACACGACCGGGGAGUGUCAGCUUCAGAGGCUUGCUGGUACUCCAGCUGGACAGUGUGGUGGCAGCCGAAGCCUUCAUGAAUCCAGUACUGUCGACAACACCCCAAACCUGUUUACCGAAAGCUUGCCAUUGCACUCUAAAGUCUACGGCACUAGCUACACCCACAAGAACCUGCAACUGCACUGUCCUCCCUACGUCGGACUUCCAGAUACCUGCCAGUAUUCCAGCACAGAUGGAUUCUCUGGAGGCAAAGCAGAGACUCAAUCAUCAGAGAUGAGUGAUGCUUGUGGGACUCUACAGGAUGACAAGGUCACUGCAUUUAGACCUGUGAUGAAGAGGUGAAGCAGACAACUGGACACCGCCACAAACAACAACUGGACAUUUCUUAUGCACUUGUGGACGCAGGAGGAGCUGCUGCGGUCGAACUUAAUCUGUGAAAGUGGCAUUUUGCACAAUGGUGUUUUUUAAAUUGUUGUUAAAGACUUUAUGCAAAAACUAUAAAUGCAAAGAGAGCCAAAAUCUGUGUCUGGCAAUCGUGUAGUGUAGCUGCCCUGUUUAUUUAUCAGUGUUUUAUUUUAAGAUGUCGUCCGAUCAAGUGUUUGUCUUAAUUUUCGUCGCUGUGGAUUUGUGUGAUUUUGCCUGAUGUUGCGUAAUCGUGUUGAUAUUUAUGUGAACGGUAAAAGGACUGGCUCCCAGUGUGUGUAUUUUCUGUUAAAACUUGUGUUAAUUUAUUGACUUUAAAUG